UGCUGAUCAGUCUCUCUCUCUUUUUCUUUUGGCAAUUCAUCUCCCCAGAUUCGCCAGACUUCAUUGACUUGGAAUUCGAAUCGUCUUACCCACUGCAUAAUGUUACCGCGAGACAAGUCUAUAUGCCUGGACGCAUGCCCAUGCCUAUGCCAGUCCCAAUGCCAAUGCCAAUGCCAGUGCCCAUGCCCAUGGCAAGACCCCUUCCCGGUCCGGCACCCAUUCCCGGUCGUGUGUACUAUCCUCCGGUAAAACGCAGACCCAUGCCAAUGCCAAUGCCAGUGCCAAUGCUUCCUCCUCCACCUCCACCUCCAGCUCCAGCUCCGCUGCCAAUUGUCAUCCUGCCUAUUGGUGUGGGCAGUUUUUCAGGCACGGGCUACAAUUAUAAUCAGUAUUAUGGGCCAAGUGGCAUUUACCCCAACAACCAAUACAACCCCCAAAUUCCCAAUUAUGACUAUUAUAACAACAACAACAACAAUAACAACAAUUAUAAUAAUAACAAUAAUAAUUACAAUUAUGUUAAUAAUAAUUACGAUUACAACUCAUAUGGAUAA